UCUGGUCCAGAUUCAGCUGCUGAGCCGCGUUCAACACACACUCAUUGUACACAAACGGGGAAAGGCAGCUCGCAGCAUCGAUCGUGGCUCCUUUAAGAAAAACUAAGCCAGAAUUAUCAGCCCACCUCCUCUUGAUCUCAUUUAGAAGCUAUUGCAUAAAAAAUCAACUCAGGAGCCGAGAGUGAUCAAAGAAACGAGAGAGAGCUUCAUUUUUGUGCAUUUGAGUAGUAUUCUCGUUAGGGGUGCUAACCAGUGGAAGCGCGCGGAGGAUCAUCAUUCAUUCAGCACUUUGACAAGCUCGCGUUUGAUUGAUUGACAGCCGGAGUGGCAAAAAGCCAUGAGAUGCGUUAGUUUUGUUUGAGGGGCUAUUUUCAUACAGGUUUGGAAAAGAAGAUUUUGCCCGAUCCUUGUCGCUCUCCAGGGGAAAGAAAGCGAAGGGGACCUAUCGCUGAACGCGUCUGGCUGAACUUGUGGUGAAGGACUGGCUUCACAUCGCUCGCUCGAAACAGGCAUUUGGAUUUUUUGGGCAAACCAUCUCCCACGUUUGGAAUUUGCGUGUUUAUUUCCUAUUCACCCUGGCCUCAUAGGGGAUAUAUUUUUGACUAAAGGAAGACGAGGGAGUGUGGAGGGCGAUGGCGCAGAGGUACGAAGAUAUACCCCACUAUGGGAUGGACGGAGUAGGAAUCCCGAGCACGAUGUACGGAGACCCGCACGCCGCCAGAUCCAUGCAGGCUGUUCACCUGAAUCACGGGCCCCAGCUCCACUCCCACCAGUACCCGCACACAGCCCACACCAACGCCAUGCCGCCCAGCAUGGGCUCAUCCGUCAAUGACGCUCUAAAAAGAGAUAAAGACUCCAUUUACGGGCACCCUCUGUUCCCUCUUCUAGCACUGAUUUUUGAGAAAUGUGAAUUAGCCACUUGCACACCUAGAGAGCCCGGUGUUGCUGGGGGCGAUGUGUGUUCAUCAGAAUCUUUCAAUGAGGAUAUAGCAGUGUUUGCAAACAGGUGUGUAAAAAACUAUGUUUGA